AAUGCAAUACACUGUUUGAUUUCUUGACUCCUGCUUCUGUGGGCGUUAAUUGUGGAUCCAAGUAAAGUGAAAUCCUUGACAACAUCAAUAUUCUCUUCAUUUAUCAUGAUAUUGCUUAUUGGCCAAGUUGUGAGGAUUUCUGUUUCCCUUAUGUUGAGGCGUAAUCCAUACUGAAGGGUGUUUAUAGUCUUCGAUCUUCAUCAGUAAAUGCUUCAAGCCCUCUUUACUUCCCACAAGCAAGGUUGUGUCAUCUGCAUAUCACAGGUUGUUAAUGACUCUUCCUCUAAUCCUGAUGCCAUGUUCUUUUUCACAUAAUCCAACUUCUUUGAUUAUUUGCUCAGCAUACAGAUUGAAUAAGUAUGGUGAAUGUUCCUAAAGCCCACCGGACUUUCUGUAAGAAGUGUAGCAAGCACCAGCCCCACAAAGUGACACAGUACAAGAAGUGCAAAGAUUCUCUAUAUGCCCAGGGAAAGCAGCAUUAUGACAGGAAGCAGAGCAGAUAUGGUGGGCAGACUAGGCCGAUUUUCUGGAAGAAGGCUAAAACUACAAAGAAGAUUGUGUUGAGGCUUGAGCGUGUUGAGCCCAGCUUCAGAUCUAAGAGAACACUGGUGAUUAAGAGAUGCAAGGAUUUUGAGCUGGGAGGAGAUAAAAAGAGAAAGGGCCAAGUGAUCCAGUUCUAAGCUUCAUCUUGUUUUAUUACCAUGACAAUAAAAUCUUGAGGUUAUGUUCACUUCAAAAAAAAAAAAAAAAGAAGAAGUAGAAGAAGAAACAGGCAGGCUUUUCCUUGAGUCUGUCGUUAUAGAGAGUAUGAGUGAAAGGAUCACCAGGAGAGUUCAGACAGAAAAGGAGAAAGAUCAAGAGUUUACUGGGACAGAUGGAGCGCACAGCCAUGUUCCAGGCCUGGGGAAGGAUGUAGAACAGCCCGCCCUUAGGGAGGUUCCUGGUCAGUUGGGGAGACACAUUACACCACAAACAAGGAACAUGGUAUAAAAUAUGUGUUUUUUUUUCAUCAUGAAUCAUGGGACAAAUACAUAUCACCUGCUCCCUGAUAUCAUGUGCCAAGAAGGAUACAUCAUCACUUCGGUGGUGCACACCUUUCCUGACUUUAAACCAUGCAGUAUCUCCUUGUUCUGUUCAAACGACUGCCUCAUGGUCUAUGUACCAGUUCCUCAUGAGCACAAUUAAGUGUUCCGGAAUUCCCAUUCUUUGCAGUGUUAUCCAUAAUAUACUAUGAUCCACACAGUCAAAUGCCUUGAAUAGGCAAUAAAACACAGGUAAACGUCUUUCUAGUGUUCUUUGCUUUCAGCCAAGAUCCAU